AUGGAUAAACUUGAUAAAAUAAUUGCCUAAUUAGAUGAAUUAGAAAUUAGUCAAAAGCACAGAGAAGAUUUGAUUAAGCGCAAUCAAAGUUCGUAAAUACUAAAGUUACCAAAAGUGAUUCUAAUUCAAAGAAUUUGUGGAUUUUUGGAUGAUUAGGAUCUAUAUAGAUUUACAGCUACUUGUUCAACAAUGAGAAAGAUAAUGUUUUGUCCUUUGGGAUUUAAAUUAUUGACCUUGAGUCGAAAUGCACAACAUAUUGUUGGAGGAAACAAAUAGCAAUAAUAACAACUCAAGAAAGAAAAAUAAGAGAUUGUCUCUAGCGGAAGUAUUUCAGGGAAUAACAGUGUAUUUGAUUCAGAAGAAGAUGCAUUGGCUCAAUUGUAAGCCUUGAAAUCCGUGAAGGAAUUCUUAACCACUAAAUUGCAAUCAUCAUAAGCACAAAUGCAAAACCUAGAGGAUUUGAUCACUGAUUCCUCAGACACAUUGAAAUACGAGAAAUCAGUAAAUCUGAAAUUGCAAUCCAAAAUCAAUAUUCUGCAAAACCAACUCUCCAUCUCUGAAUUGCAAAGACAAGAUGUUAAGGAAAACUUAUCCGAACUAAAUUCUAAAUACAAUAAAAUAAUUAGCCAAAUGGAACAGGAUAGGAUGGUGAUCCAAGAUGAAAAAGACAAAUUGUUAAGUCACAAGAAGGUACUUAUCCAAGAAGUCUACCGAUUGAGAGGAUAGGUUUCGCAAAUGGAAGAGGAUCAAAACAACUACCAAGCAGCUCUAAAAUAAGUUAAAUCCUUUAUGGAUACAAUUGAAUUGAAACCAAUUUGAUUAAGUAAUUUAUCAAUAUGAUUCUAAUUCGUUUAAUUUU